CACAACUUCCGGUGGGUGAAGUGUAUCCGGUAGCGCUGGCACCUGGGCCGGGAACCGGGAGAAGGUUCCAGGCGCCACCGCCGCCAUGUCGGUUGCCAACAAGUCGGUGGAACUGCAGCUGCAGGUGCGGCACCAGACGGAGGAGCUGCAGGAUUUCAUGAGGGAGCUGGACGGCUGGGAGAAGGACAUCAAGAAGAAGGAUGACGAGCUCCGGAGGCAGAGCGGCCAGGCCCCGGCCCUGGACCCGACUUUGCCACCUGUAAGAAAUAGGAAUUACAAGAAAAGAACAAAUAAAAAGACUGUUUCUCAGAACAAUAAAAAGAACAAAGAAAAUAAACCAACACGGAUAAAAUCUUAUGACUAUAAGUCUUGGGAAAAGUUUGAUGUGGAAAAAGUAUUGGAAGAACUGGACAAAAAUGACAGUUCUCCAGAGUCUGACACAGAAGAUGAGGAAAUAGACGUAGAGAAAGCUCUUUCAGAGAAAGAAAAGGGUAAUAAUUACUUCAAACAAGGGAAAUAUGAUGAAGCAAUAGAAUGUUAUACCAGAGCCAUGACUAUGGAUCCAUAUAACCCAGCCUUCCCUACAAAUCGUGCAUCAACUUUCUUAAAAUUAAAAAAGUAAGUAUAGUUAUAAAAGUAUUGUUAUGAACCCAGC